AGAAGACUUCUAGAAGAAAAGACACUUGUGGUUUGCAAGCAUGCCAUUUCCCUUUGGCAAAUCACACAAGUCUCCUGCAGACAUAGUGAAGAAUUUGAAAGAAAGUAUGGCAGUUCUAGAAAAACAAGAUAUUUCUGACAAGAAGGUAGAAAAGGCUACCGAAGAAGUUUCAAAAAACCUAGUUGCCAUGAAAGAAAUCUUAUAUGGCACCAAUGAAAAGGAACCUCAGACAGAAGCUGUAGCUCAGCUUGCUCAAGAACUAUACAACAGCGGUCUUCUUAGCACCCUAGUAGCUGAUCUACAACUCAUUGAUUUUGAGGGCAAAAAGGACGUGGCUCAAAUAUUUAACAAUAUUCUGAGAAGACAAAUUGGUACUAGAACACCCACAGUUGAAUACAUCUGCACUCAGCAAAAUAUAUUGUUCAUGCUGUUAAAAGGGUAUGAAUCUCCAGAAAUUGCUCUGAAUUGCGGAAUCAUGUUAAGAGAAUGCAUCAGACAUGAACCACUAGCGAAAAUAAUCUUGUGGUCAGAACAGUUUUAUGACUUCUUCAGAUAUGUGGAAAUGUCAACAUUUGACAUUGCUUCAGAUGCAUUUGCCACUUUCAAGGAUUUACUUACAAGGCACAAAUUGCUGAGUGCAGAAUUUUUGGAACAGCAUUAUGAUAGGUUCUUCAGUGAAUAUGAAAAAUUGCUCCACUCAGAAAAUUAUGUAACAAAACGACAGUCACUUAAGCUACUUGGUGAAUUGCUACUGGAUAGACACAACUUCACAAUUAUGACAAAAUACAUCAGUAAACCUGAAAAUCUCAAGCUAAUGAUGAAUCUUUUACGGGACAAAAGUCGCAACAUUCAGUUUGAGGCUUUCCACGUCUUUAAGGUGUUUGUAGCCAAUCCUAACAAGACGCAACCUAUAUUAGAUAUUCUCUUAAAGAACCAGACCAAACUUAUUGAGUUUCUCAGCAAGUUUCAGAACGACAGGACCGAGGAUGAACAAUUUAACGAUGAGAAGACCUAUUUAGUUAAACAGAUCAGGGAUUUGAAAAGACCAGCACAACAAGAAGCCUAAUCUUCUAAAAACCCCUAAAAUAUUAAAUCCAAAUUCAGCAUUUGCUGUUAGAUAUUCAGCAUCAGGCACUCUUAUCACUUCAUGAGGAACAUUACUGCUAAUCCGCUGCUCAGUGAACAGUUUGUUUGUUUUUUCUUCUCUUUUAUUUUUUAGUCCGAGUUGACAAACCUAGCUGCUGCUUUCUUGCACAAUGUGGACUUUCUUGAUAUUUGUGUCUGAAUUCAAGCACACCGCUUGUUUUUAGAAGUCCAGGGUGGGGGUGGGAUGGGAAAGAUUAUUGGUUCAUGAAACAAACAUAUAAGACAGUUUGAGAUAGGAGAGAAGGUAUUAGACUAGUUUAUGACAGGGUGCAUGCUAGCAAAUCUGAUUCAAUCCAUAUGUUUGCACUUAACCUUGUAUGAGAUGCGAGCACAAUGUGAUCUGUGCAUAUUUGGCACCAUAGUAUAAGAUUAUAUGCCUUGAUUUUUUUUAAAAAAAUGUGCAGUGCUUUAAUUGUAAUCAAAGGGGAAAUGUAUCUUAAGAUGUGAGCUUUCUGGGAUGAACAGUUGUCUUGCAAAUAAAAUUGAUACUGAAACAUAGCAACUUCUAAGAAUAACAUCUCAGAGUUCAUGAGGAAAAUGUAUAUAUGCCUUUCAUUGCUUUAUAGUUUGUUUUUGACAGUGGUUUUCUGAGAAUUGAGAUGUAGACUUGGAAAUGCAUUAUAAGAAUUUUUGUUACUUCAAAUUGUGUUUCAGACAAUAGAGCUUAGCAGUGACACUUUGUGUUUCAUUUCAACAAUGCUUGUUUUAUUCUGUAUAUAACUCCUACGCUGCUCAUUUCUUUAAAAAUGAUUUAAUUUGUACAGCAGAGGAAUGUUAAUGUAUUAGUCUGUAACUUUUACCUGAUACUGAUACUGAAUUUUGCAAAAUGAAAGCUCAUGUAAAAUGUUACCUUGGAUCACAUGAAAAUACUGAUUUCACAUUUCUUAAAUACUGCAGCAUUAAAAAGAAUCCAUUUUUUUCUGUAUUUGCAAGUAUAAUGCAGUGCCAUCAGUUAAAGUAGAUUAAAAAUAUAGCUCUGGAACCCACUAAACCUGUAUUCCUCAAUGUUGGCCUUCUCCAUUUAUAUUAGUGCUGUGUUUGGCCAAUUGUAAAUUAUAAAGAUUAUGCUAAAUUAAUUCAGAUUUGUUUUUCAUGUGGGUAUAAAGAGAAUCUCUCUUUUCAUAUCGUUAGUAUAAUAGUUGUGUUGUAUUUAACAUAUUUUCCCAUCAACAACCAUAAUUUUCAUAACUGUCCUAGUGUCAAUAUCCUGUUCCUUAAUGCUGCAAACUAUCAGUAUUUAUUUUUUUAAAGACUGAUUUUGCACCACUUUUUGUUACUGUGAUCAUAACAAAAUGCUAGAUAUAUCUAAAGUAUGUUAUCAAAAUCUUAUCUAUUCACCAUAAUAGUAGAACUGAGAUGACAACCAGCCAACUUUUUGAAUUAGGAGUAUGAAAGUUCAAAUUCCGCAUGAUUGAAUCUGACUGAAAAUGCUAUACAAUUAUUUAUUGCUUUCUAGCAUCUAUAUGAUUAAAUUAUUUUACAAAUGAUUAAUUUGCUGAUUGACAUUUUAGCUAAUUUUUAAAGCCUUCAUGAUGGAAGUUGGAAUAAAGUCCAGCAAAUAGGAUUCUGAUAAUAUUGGAUAUAUGUUUCUUUCAGCAGUCAUAAGCCAUUUGCAAAAUGGUCUGUAAUAUCUACUGAAAAAGAUCAUUAUCCUCUAUUGAAUCAUUUAUAUAGACAGGCAAAAACAACCGUGGAGGUGGUAAUAUUAUAGAUCAGUACAGUACUCUGUCUUUUUUUAUAUUUUGGUUUAGUAUAGCUAAGACAAGAAAAUAUUAGGUGGCAAGUUAUUCUCCAUUAUGCAUAAGGCUUCCACUUUUAGAAAAAAAAAAUAUAGACAUGCUAAAAGUUGUAUAUCUCUCUGUGUGUAUAUAUAUAUCUAUAUGUGUGUGUAUGUGUGUGUGUACACACACAUCUAUCAAAAUAGAUAUAUGAAAGUUAAAAGAUGGAUCUGGAUAUUGAUUUUGCUUCUCUUAUUUGGCAUGGGACAAAAGGCUAUACUUUAAAAAAACAUUAAUCCUUGGAGUGUUGGCUUUCAAAAAAAGUUGUAUUUAAGACCAUUUGAUGUGCUAUUCAUAUUAAAAACUAUUGUACUGGAAA